CAGACACGCUGAUGGCAGCGCUCCUGCUCCCCCUGCUCCUGGCGUCCCUCGCCCACGGCCACCAGGUGCCCUGGACAUACCAAGGAGAAGGAGAGCUGGACGAGGAGCACUGGGCACAGCACUUCCCAGGCUGCGCUGGCAAGCAGCAAUCCCCGAUUGACAUCCAGAGGAGGAAGGUGAGGUACAACCCCCUGCUGCAGCUGGAGCUCAGCGGGUACGACGGGCCCUUGCAGGGCCAGCUCAGGAUGACCAACAACGGCCACUCGGUUCAGAUCGAUUUGCCACCCACCAUGAAGAUCUCCGGAGGGCUGCCGGGGCCCUACACAGCCGUCCAGAUGCACCUGCACUGGGGCGGGCUGGACCUGGAGAGCAGCGGCUCGGAGCACACCAUCGACGGCAUGCGCUACUUCGCCGAGCUGCACAUUGUCCACUACAACUCUGCAAACUACUCGAGCUUUGAAGAAGCCAAAGACAAGCCCCAGGGGCUGGCUGUGCUGGCCUUCCUGUACGUGGAUGGGCACUUUGAGAACACCUACUACAGCGAGUUCAUCUUCAAACUGGCGAGGAUCAGGUUUGCAGGUCAAUCAACCACGCUCAGCUCUCUGGACGUCCAAGCCAUGCUGCCAGAAAACCUCUCCCACUUCUACAGGUACCAGGGCUCCCUGACCACGCCGCCGUGCUCCGAGAGCGUCAUCUGGACCAUCUUCCACUCCCCCAUUGUCCUGUCACACACACAGAUCCAGCUCCUGGAGAACACUCUGCUGGACUGGCACAACCGCACUCUGCGCAACGACUACCGGCACGUGCAGCCGCUGCAGGGCCGCGUGGUGGAGGCCUCCUUCCCAGCCCACCGUGCCCAGGCACAGUGUCAUCCAGAGGAAUUCACCCUCAGGCUGGAUCAGAUCCAGGUGCAGCUGCAGGACAUGAAGACAGAGCUGCUGAAUGGACUGAGCCACACAGUUUCAGGUACGAAAUCCAGCACCUUUCCAGCUUUCUACUUCCCCGCGGAAAACAUUGAGAGCUUUGUGGAGGUUCAUCCCCUGCGUGCUGUGUCUCUCCAAGCCUUCACCCUGUGCUUCUGGAGCAGAGCCGAGGCCGCGGGCAGCCAGACCAUCCUGUCCUACUCCACUGGGGAGAGCGACCACGAGCUGGGGGUGACCGUGGGCUCAGAGCUGGGGCUGUGGAUCGGGGGGCGCUUCCUCAGUUUCCCCCUGCAGCACGAGGCACGGGGCUGGCUGCACCACUGCGUCACCUGGGCCUCCCACGAGGGAACCGCCAGCCUCUGGCUCAACGGAGCCGCUGGCAAAGCGGAGAGCGUCCAGAAGGGGUACGAGAGCCGGGCCGGGGGCACGCUGGUGCUGGGCAAGGACAGGGACGCCCUGCUUGGGACGUUCUCCAACGGCUUUGUGGGCUGGAUGGCCCAGCUGAACCUGUGGAGCAGAGUGCUCAGCGCCGCCGAGGUUCGGGCGCUGGCGCUGUGCAGAGCGGGGCAGCUCCAGGGGGACGUCGUAGCCUGGGGACAAACCCCCAUGGCCCUGCUGGGGGGCGUGAUCCUGCAGCCUGACACCAGCUGCCACUGAGCACGGCCUCUGUUCCUCCUCGAGGCGUCCAGGGAAUCCGAACUGUUUGUUGGGAAAUCUGAGAAGAACUGAGAUUGCUUGCUUGCUUCUCCUCCUGCUUUGUGCAGGGUCACUCCUGGUGCUCCAGGGUGUUUUCCCAAGAGACCAAAACCUCCAUCAGUGAGAUAAAAGCAAUGAACUGCAGAAUCUGGCACAGUCCAGCACCCCGGGUUGUUACAUCCCUCUCAGGGGGUUGAUUUA